GUAUGAUCGUGGAAUAGAGCAUGAGCACAAUGUCCUUGUUAAUUUAUACCAGAGAAGCCCAAUCGAGGAUUUAGGGCCGGAACCCUUCCCUUCUUAGAAAUGAUCGGGUUUAGGGGAUCGAGUUAGUCAAUAAGGUUACCGAAUCAAAGUCCGAAAAACAGCGGCAUUGAAAGCUUUGCUUCCCAUCCCCACAACUUCCGGAGUCUGGGCAAGCUAUCAACACGAGGUCUUGCAGGGUGCGUGAUAUAUAUAGAUACGAGAGUCGAGUACAAAAUGGCUCGCUAUCCUCCCUUCGAAGAGGUAUCCCGCACCAGCAUCCGCAGUCAUUCGUUUCAGCAAGAUGAAGUCUUUUUCGUGGUUGUUUUUCGCGCUCCCGGCUGCGGCUCAGUAUCCCGUUUUGAACGACUCGGCAUGGGCAGGGCCGGCGAUGCAGCGCGAUAGCAAAUCUACCUCAACGCCUGCCAACUUCACAUCCGCCUCAGGAACAUUAAUUGUCCCGUCGCUGAGUAUUCCUGAGCGUCCAAAGGAGGUUGCUGACCAGUACUCCGUCUCGUUCUGGGUUGGAAUGGAGGGGGUGCCCGAGAACAAUGCCCCCUUUGCUCGCGGUUUGUGGCAGGCGGGUAUUCAAGGAAAUAUCUAUGUCAACGGUACUAAGACAUACAUACCCUGGUAUGAAUGGUACGUCUUACUACGCCUUUCGCUUCAAUUUGAAAACGUCGAAUGCUAAUAUGGAGGUGCCAAUAGGAUUCCCGAAGACCCCGUCCGGCUCCCCGCCAGCGACUUAGUCAUGAACGAGGGCGACCAUAUCUACAUCAACGUCUCAACCGCAGAUUUGGGGUACACUGGUACCAUCGUUCUCACCAACCUCAACACCACCCAAGAAUGGACCAUCACUCGUCCAUCCCCAGUCACGCCUCGUGGCCCAACAUGGCAUGCGCCCGGUUGGUCGGCGGAGUGGAUCGCAGAAGCUGCAACUUAUGGACCAGAAACUAUGUACAGGAAGUAUAUCUUGGCGGAUUUCGGAAAUGCUACUUUCUUGGAUCCAAAGGUGUGCAGGACGGAUAACGUCUGUCUUGGUCCCGAGGGACAGAAUACGACGAUUUGGGACCUCGUGGAUGAUAAAUUGUAUUCUCGAACUUCUGUUGGGAAGGAUGUUACGAUCGAGUAUCUUGAAGUAGACCUAUGAUGAGGAACGAGCUUACGUACGAAUCUACGGCAAGGAACUAGCAGACGGCCAUUUAACCAUACCUCGAAAGUAUUCAAAAGAACUAGCGUGGUCUCUUUUGAGG